AUGGAGGCAGAUGGGGACCAAGAGGAGCUGGCCCGGCUGCGCUCAGUCUUCGCAGCCUGCGACGCGAACCGCUCGGGGCGCCUAGAGCGCGAGGAGUUCAGCGCACUGUGCGCGGAGCUGCGCGUGCGGCCGGCAGAGGCCGAGGCGGUGUUCCAGCGGCUGGACUCCAACCGCGACGGCGCCAUCACCUUCCAGGAGUUCGCGCGCGGCUUCCGCGGGGCCCGCCGCGGGGAGCGGCGCCGGCCUUGGGGGCCGCGGGAGCCAGUGUCCGCCGCGGCGGAGGCGGGACCCGGCCUCGGAGACAGAAAGGAGGACGCAGACGACCAGGACGCAGCGGCCGCUCUGGCUGCCCCGUGGGACCCCGCAGGCCCGGGAAGAGCUUGGCAGGACUUCCAGGCGCGACUCGGGGACGAAGCCAAGUUCAUCCCCAGACAAGAGCAAGUUGGUACUCUGUAUCAAAACAUCAACCUCGUGGAGCCAAGACUACUUCAGCCGUAUGAGCAUGUUAUAAAGAACUUUAUCCGCGAGAUCAGACUACAGAGCACAGAAAUGGAGAACCUGGCUAUCGCAGUGAAGAGAGCCCAGGACAAGGCAGCCAUGCAGCUGAGUGAGCUGGAGGAGGAAAUGGAUCAGAGGAUUCAAGCUGCAGAGCACAAGACGCGGAAAGACGAAAAACGCAAAGCUGAAGAAGCCCUUAGUGACCUCCGACGUCAGUAUGAAACAGAAGUAGGAGAUCUACACGUGACGAUAAAAAAACUCAAAAAGCUGGAAGAACAAUCAAAACACAUAAGUCAAAAAGAAGAUGUGGCUGCGUUAAAAAAACAAAUUUUUGAUUUAUCAAUGGAAAAUCAGAAAGUUAAGAAAGACCUUCUAGAAGCACAGACAAGCAUAGCCUUUCUCCAGAGUGAAUUAGAUGCUUUGAAAAGUGAUUACGCUGAUCAGAGCCUGAACUCUGAAAGGGAUCUGGAAAUAAUCCGCGAGUACACGGAAGAUCGAAGUAGUCUCGAGAGGCAGAUUGAAAUCCUCCAAACAGCUAACCGGAAACUGCACGACAGUAACGACGGCCUAAGAAGUGCCCUAGAAAACAGUUAUAGCAAGCUCAACAGAUCUUUGCGCGUAAGUAACAUCUCUCCAGGGAAUACAAUUUCUAGAAGCAGUCCCAAACUUAAUGGCCAUUGUCCUCAACCCCUGGGCUAUGACAGGUCGUCCCGCUCGUCCUAUGUGGAUGAGGACUGUGACUCUCUGGCCCUCUGUGACCCUAUGCAGAGGAUGAAUUGUGAAGUCGACAGCCUGUCUGAGAGCUGCUUUGACAGCGGCUUGUCCACCCUGAGAGAUUCCAACGAGUAUGACUCUGAAGUGGAAUAUAAGCAGCAGAGGGGCUUUCAGAGGUCACAGUGCGCACAGGAGAACUUUGGGGGUGAUGCUUCAGAUACAGACGUUCCCGAGAUAAGGGAUGAAGAGACGUAUGGUUCAGUCUUAGACUGGAAACCUCAAGGGUCUGUGAGUGAAGGCAACUUUGUAACUUCUUCAAGAAAGCCGAUUUCAGCACUUUCUCCCCAGACAGACACAGCAGAUGACAGCCCUAAGUCUUGCUCGCAGAAGGCUUACAAGAUUGUGCUUGCGGGGGAUGCCGCAGUGGGGAAGUCUAGUUUCCUCAUGAGACUUUGCAAGAACGAAUUUCGGGGAAACACAAGUGCCACCCUGGGAGUUGACUUUCAAAUGAAAACUCUUGUCGUAGACGGAGAGCGAACUAUCCUGCAGCUCUGGGACACAGCUGGUCAGGAGAGAUUCAGAAGUAUUGCCAAGUCUUACUUCAGAAGGGCAGAUGGUGUUUUGCUGCUAUAUGAUGUUACAUGUGAGAAAAGCUUUCUCAACGUGCGAGAAUGGGUGGAUAUGAUUGAGGAUGCAACCCCUGAGAGUAUUCCUAUCAUGUUGGUAGGAAACAAGGCUGAUCUUCGUGACGCUGCUGCUGCAGAGGGCCAGAAAUGUGUCCCAGGAUACAUGGGAGAAAAGCUGUCCAUGACCUAUGGGGCAUUAUUCUGUGAAACAAGUGCAAAAGAUGGUUCGAAUAUACUGGAAGCUGUUUUGCACCUUGCUCGGGAAGUGAAAAAAAGAACUGAUGAGGACGACAGCAAAUCCAUUACCAACUUGACUGGGACCAAUUCCAAAAAGUCAACACAGGCGAAGAAUUGUUGUAAUGGUUAAGCCUACAGCCCCGUUGCCUUCUGAAACCUUCCUCUUCAGCAUGCUGAAUUGGUGUGACUCCUGUCUGUGGCUUUUACAUACCGUGGUGCAUCCUUCGGCCA